CUCUCUAUUUUUUCCCCUGCUUUCGUGCCUUUUCAGUUUCAAUCCGUGUAUCUUUACCCUCUCUCUCUACGUUUCAGUCUAAUCAUAGAGAGUUUUCCGAUCGCUUCUUUGAUCACAUGGAAUAACUGGUCUCACAUCUCCUGUUUUUAGUUCUAGGUAGAGGUAGACGUAGAGUACGCGGCUAGAUCUCUCCUUAUGAAAUGGGAUACAACACUGUUCUUCGGUGCAUUUCAUGCUAGCAAGUGAGUACUUUCAAAGUCAUUUUCAAUGGGUGGGGUUUGUUCAAGGAAGAGAGACCAAUUAGGGGAUGAAGAUGGUGUACGGAGAGGGGUCUCCGGAAGGUAUUGCAAAAGUGGAAGUUCAAAAUGGCUGGGUGCCUCAUUCUCUCGGCCCUGUGUUGAAUGUCAUCUGGGAGGAGGCAAUUGCUCAUCCCUUUUGGAGCUUUGCAUUUACAAAAUAUGUGAGGAUAUUGACAAAUAUAGUUCAUUUUCUAUGCUGCCAAGGGAUAUAAGCCAACAGAUAUUCAAUGAAUUGGUGUAUUGUCAGCGUCUUAGUGAUGUUUCUCUCAAAGCUUUUGGAGGUUGUGCUCUCCAGGAUAUUUGUUUGGGAGAUUAUCCUGGAGUGGUGGACAGUUGGAUGGAUGUUAUCUCUUCGCAGGGAUCUUCUUUACUUUCCGUCGAUGUUUCUGGUUCUGAUGUUACAGAUUCUGGAUUGAGCCUACUGAAAGAUUGCUCAAAUCUCCAAGCAUUAGCUUUCAAUUGCUGUGACAGGAUUUCGGAGUGUGGACUAAAGCACCUUAGUGGCCUUUCAAACUUGACAUCUUUGAGUUUGAAAAAGAGCAACGCUGUUACUGCUGAAGGAAUGCGCGCCUUUUCCAAUUUAGUUAAUUUGGUAAAGUUGGACCUGGAGAGGUGUUCUGGAAUUCAUGGUGGAUUUGUUCAUCUCAAAGGUCUAACAAAGCUAGAGUCUCUUAAUAUCCGAUGUUGUAAGUGUGUUACAGAUUCGGACAUGAAGUCUCUUGCAGGGCUCACUAACUUGAAGGAAUUACAAAUAUCCUCCAGCAGCAUAACGGAUUUUGGAGUGUCUUAUUUGAAAGGUUUGCGCAAGCUUAUUUUGUUGAACCUGGAGGGAUGCCAUGUCACUACUGCAUGUUUGGAUUCUAUUUCAGCUCUUGUUGGACUGGCAUAUUUAAAUCUCAACAGAUGUGGUCUAUCUGAUGGUGGAUGUGACAAGUUUUCCAGACUAAAAAAUUUGAAGGUGUUGAACUUGGGGUUCAACAAUAUCACAGAUGCAUGUUUGGUGCAUCUAAAAGGUCUAAUGAAAUUGGAGAGCUUGAACUUGGAUUCAUGCAAGAUUGAUGAUGAAGGGCUUGCUAAUUUGACAGGCCUACUGAAUUUGAAAAUUUUGGUGCUGUCUGAUACUGAAGUUGGAAGCAAUGGGUUGCGUUAUCUCUCUGGUUUGAAGAAUUUGGAGGAUAUAAAUUUAUCAUUCACCUUAGUGAGUGACAAUAGUUUAAAAAAUCUGUCUGGAUUGGCACAUCUUAAGUCACUUAAUUUGGAUGCUCGCCAAAUUACUGAUGCUGGCCUUGCAGCUCUUACAAGCUUGACUGGGUUGACUCAUUUGGAUCUUUUUGGGGCACGAAUAUCUGAUGCCGGAACAAAUUGCUUGCGAUACUUCAAGAACCUCCGUGUUCUAGAAAUAUGUGGUGGAGGAUUAACAGAUGCCGCUGUGAAGAAUAUCAAGGAUCUCGGUUCAUUGACAUUGCUGAACCUGUCACAAAACUUGAACCUAACAGAUAAAACCUUGGAAUUGAUUUCUGGGUUGACAGCUUUGGUUUCUCUGAAUGUUUCAAAUUCUCGUAUAACCAACGAGGGGUUGCAGCAUCUGAAGCCUUUAAAAAAUUUACGUUCGUUAACCUUGGAGUCUUGUGGUGUUACUGCAUCUGGAAUCAAGAAACUUCAGUCAACUGCUCUUCCUAAUCUUGUGAGCUUUCGUCCCGAAUAGUUCCAGAGCAUUUCUAAAAUAUUCUGCAAGUUGCCUGCUAUCAACAUCCGAUAGCUUUAUGUAUAGGUAAAAUAAGUAGUAUGUACAAAAACGUAUUCCCAGAAAAUUUGCCAUGAAAUUGUAAAUAUGAUUGGCUUAAGACGAAUCAUGUAAAUAUAUGGUCGGCUUCUGGAUUUGAAGCUGCCUCUUCUGAACAAAGUUGUAUAUAGAUGCUAUGGUUGAUAUGAAGUUAUGAACCAUUAAUUAUAUUUUGCAA